AUGCUACUCCUUAACCCCUUGCUCCUAGCAGUCGCAUCCUUUAUAUUGAGCGUCUUAUAUGUCUGGAAAUGUAUCGCUUCUCCCCUACGAACCAUUCCCGGUCCAAGGAUUUCAUUAUUCAGCUCAUGGAUUCUCAAGUACCAUGAACUGCAUGCCCAUCGCACGAGAUAUGUCCAUAGCCUUCAUCAGAAAUAUGGUCCCGUUGUCCGGAUAGCCCCGAAUGAAGUAUCAUUUGCGUCCCUCGAAGGCGUGAAGGAGAUUUACGGUUCGGGCGGAAGCGGCUAUGAUAAGACAGAGUUCUAUAAUCUCUUCACGAUAUAUGGUCGAAGUACCCUGAAAAGGGAGGAUCACGCUAGGAGGAAAAGAGUCCUUGCAGACCGAUACGCCAAUACCAAUAUCCUAAAAUCGGAGUCGCUCCACGGGAUCAGAGAACGAUCAACCCGAUUCGUUGAGAGGUGCUCAAGGUUUGCUGGUGGAAGUAUCGAUAUAUUUGUAAGUGAAUCUGGGGGGCUCACUAAUGAGUUAAAACUAGGUCUACAUGACUAUGCGUUUGAUUGCGCGACGCAUCAUCUUUUUCAUCCCUACGGAUCGGAUUCGCUCCAGAACCCAAAAGAUGAGGAAAUUAUGAAACAGGUGACUUUUGAUGAUAGCCUUCAGAAUCGUCUAGUCGAGUACUAUAACCCUGGCCUACACAAGAUAAUCGGCAACGUUCUAUCUUUAUUUGCCAAGCCGCGCCAGACACCUCUAGCAGAUGAUUUGGUCAUGUCCGCGAGCGCGAAGACUAGUCCUGCACAGUUUACUCUGCUGAGUCGUAUGCAGGACAAGAAUUAUGAGAUGGAACACAUUGAUAUGGCAGCCGAGUGUCUCGAUCACAUGGCUGCGGGAAUAGAUACCACUGGCGAUGCUUUAUGUUUCCUGAUGUGGGAAAUUUCACAAUCUGGAUCAUUCUAUGUCCAGCGGCGUCUCCAGGAAGAGUUCUGUGCCAAUCCCGAAGUGGCAUUCGAUAAACUACCCUACCUCGAUGCUGUCGUCAUGGAGGGACUUCGUUGCUUCCCGGCAAUUCCUAUGUCCCUCCCGCGAUACGUCCCUUCUGGCGGCCGUACCAUCGAUGGCUAUCUUAUCCCCGGGGGAACAAUAGUGAGUUGUCAGGCGUACUCUACUCACCGCAUCGACGAAACUGUAUUUCCGCAGCCAGACACAUUCAAUCCGGAUCGCUGGUUACAGGAGGCAGGAGGGUUAGAGAGAAAACGACUAUUCUUCGCUUUUGCCAGUGGUGGUAGAGGCUGCAUCGGAAAGCACUUAGCGCUCGCGGAGAUGAAAACCCUGCUCAGAGAUGUUUACUCGCGGUAUACUACCGUACCUGACCCGUCUAUGACUGCCGAGGAUAUGGAGAUGUCCGAUCAGUUAAUCUCCUCACAACCUCGUGGGAAGAGAUGUCUUUUGACGCUUAUCCCUCUAGGGGAUAGGGUCUAA